AUGCAAAGCCAACAAAUCAAAGCCUUUCAAAGUGUGUUUCCCAAAAUUGCUCAAUUCGCAAAAACAUCGUCAUCGAGCAAACAUACCUGUAGCACUUCCGUAGCUCUUCUCUCAAAUUUCUCAUCAACAGCACCAACUCAAAAGAGAUUUUUACUUUGGGUAACCAAGGACGAAAUUGAAAGGAAGGGAUACAAGACUCCAAUUCCUGAGAAGGAUAUUCCAAAGAGUGUUACGUAUGAUGGUCCCGAGACUUUGAGAGUUGCUUUUUGUUUGGAGAGGUUACCGAGAUUGAACAAUGAUGAUCAUCCUAUUGAUAGAGAAAUGAGUGAACUUCAAAGAACCAACAACAAUUACUAUGCUAGACACAAGUGGCUUGAUUAUACUGAAUAUUUUGAGGAAUGGAUGAAAUUAAAGAAGAAGCAAGAGGCCAACAAAAACGCAAAGAAAGAAGGCCCAGAAGUACACAUUAAAGUUCCGGACCCAGUUGAAAUGGCUGAAAAACAAAGACUCGAGUAUGAAAGAACACAAGGUAAAGGAUAUACAACUGAAGGAACUGAUUAUUGGUUGAAGAAUUGGAAACCUCAACGAAGAUGGACCAAAGAUGACUUUAAUGAUAACAGAAAAUCAUUGAACAGACAAUUGGAGAAUAGACUUUAUCUCAUUUUCAAGGAUAAGGAGACUGGUAAAUGGAAAUUCCCUGACACAAUCCGAAGCAAUCCUCACACCAUGAGAUCAGCAGUGCAAGAAUUCUUUACCAAAACUAUGCGCAACCGUGUGAAUGGAUUUUUCAUCAGUUUUUCACCAACAGCUCACUAUGUGAAUCCAGCAAAUCCCUUAGACAAAACUUUCUUCUAUCGUGUUCUUUAUAUUGGAGGUGUUCCUCCAUUCAAACAAAUGACUGAAUUUUCAGAUCAUGCAUGGGUUACUAGACAUCAAUUGGAUGACUAUGAGUUUGUGGAUGAAUCUUACAAAGAUGUUGCAUUCCACAUGCUCUAUGAUGGUAUGCAAUUCAUCAGCUUCUAA